AUGGCAGUGGAAUUAGUGAUUGUAAGCAUCAGAGUACAAUCAGCUAAUUACACUGCCUACAAACCGAGCACCGGGCGCCCGCGGGCUGCAGCUCCCGGACGGUUCGCAGCGCCGACGCGGUAUCCCCGAGCGGGCGGGCCGCGGGAUCGGGCUCGCCGCGACCCCGCAUUUCACCGGGGGCGACGCCCGACAGAGCCUAGGCGCGAGGCCCAGGACGCGGGUCCUCGGAGGACGCCUCCGAAGCCUCCCGGGCACUCUCGCCCAGCCCGCUGGCUGCGCUGGCCCCCGCCGGACUCGCUGCGCACCCUUGGCACUGCCAGCGGGCGGCGCUCCAGCGGGGACCUGCACCCCCAGGUUCGGGCCCCCCAGGCCCAGGUGACUCCCGGGAGCCCCCAGCCAGCUGGCUUCACCGGGGCCACCGAAUCCCUGCGCCCCUCCUUCCCUGCCGCCGUCUCCCGCACCUCCCAGGGCCCUCCCGCUCAGGUUCCCUUCCCCUCCCCUUCGUUUUCUCGGGCCGGCUCCCACCUCCCUCACCCGGGUCCGGCCAGCCCCAGAAAACUUCUCUUCAGUUCUGGGCCCAACUCUAGAGCCGGCUCUCUCAACCCCGUGCGCCCCGCCGCUCCGAGUGGCCGAGUAACCGUGGCCGUGGCGGGCUAA